AAUGAGAAAAAUGACAAUCAUUAUAAAGAUAUAAAACAAUAUGUGUUCACAACACAAAAUCCAAAUGGCACCCAGUCUGAAAUAUCCGUGAGAGCAACAACUGAUCUGAAUUUUGCUCUAAGAAACUAUAAACUCAUCAAUGAAACAACUACAUCACCUACUGGAAAACCCAGUGAAGAAUAUCCUAAAGAAUCCUCUGAAAAUCCUUUACAAAGUAUUAGUUACUACACUGUAGUCAUACCUGGAGCAUAUCAUUAUAUGAAAUCAACUCAGGGUCCAAAUGAGCCUGCAUUUUGGACAAUGUUAGCUAAAGCUAUAAAUGGAACACCAACUGGGGAAAGUGGAGAAGAAAAAGAUCAAUUAUUUCACCCAAUUCCAAGCUCUGAUUUGAAUGCUACAAAUGAAGACAACCUGGCAAAGCAGCAGGAUAUCAAAUUAAAAUUUAUGCUGGUCAUCUCAUUGCUGACCCUCUUCCUUUUUGUCAUCCUCUUGGCAGUAUCUAGUGCCUUGCUGUACAAACUGAAGACUAAUUAUAACAAGAAAUGUGAAAGUGAAUAUUCCAUCAACCCAGAGCUUGCAACUCUGUCCUACUUUCAACCAUCAGAAGGCAUAUCAGACACAUCUUUUUCUAGGAGUGCCGACAGCAGCACAUAUUGGGCCACCACUUCUUCAGAAUUGAGAAAGUCAGAAAUAACGUCAAAAUCUAGAAUGAUGGACAUGACUCCCACAACCUCAGAUGAUGACAUGUACUUGACUGAGGAGCAACACUUACUUCAGAGCGAGGAAGUUCGCAUUGAUGAAUAGACUUAAACUUUUGUCAUAAAAAAUAUCUUUCUUUGUGACUCACACUAAUGUCAUGGUUUGGAAACUGCUGAGAUUUAAAUUUUCUGGUAUCUUAAAAGGAGGACAUAGUCAAUAAAAUGCUCAGCUAUAAAAAUUAUUUAAUGGAAAACAGUACAAACAAAUAAUUUAAGGUGUGGAAAACUCAUCUAGUAAAAAUAAUCCUGGAAAAUGAUGUAUGAAAAGUAUUCACUCUAGGCUGGUUCAUUUUUAAAUGACAUAAAUAUCUAU